GAUUUUUGCCUAUUGGAAGAAUGCAGUGAAACUGCCAGUAUUUCUAGCCGGAAUUAUAAAUUUAAUAUUCAACUUUAGUGUUACUAGUUUCUUACUAAAUAGUACCUCAAAGUAGAAGAAAGAUGUACGGAAGUGCAAGAACAAUCAGCAACUUGGAAGGAAGUCCCUCCAGGUCUCCCCGCUURCCGCGGUCCCCUCGCCUGGGUCACAGGCGGACCAGCAGCGGAGGAGGGACAGGGAAGACGUUAUCCAUGGAGAACAUCCAGUCCCUUAACGCUGCCUAUGCAACAUCUGGACCAAUGUACCUGAGUGACCACGAGGGUGUAGCUUCUACUACUUUCCCAAAGGGCACAAUGACUCUCGGAAGGGCUACAAAUCGAGCUGUGUAUGGUGGCCGAGUCACAGCUAUGGGGAGCAGCCCCAAUAUUGCUUCUGCUGGACUGUCACACACAGAUGUCCUCUCUUACACUGACCAGCACGGAGGGCUGACCRCAUCCUCACACCACCACCACCACCAGGUUCCUUCCAUGCUGAGACAGGUUAGAGAUAGCGCUGUGUUAGACCUGCAGGCUCAGCUGAAGGAUCUACAGAGGGAGAAUGACCUCCUCAGAAAAGAACUAGACAUUAAGGACAGCAAGCUGGGGUCCUCUAUGAACAGCAUCAAAACUUUCUGGAGUCCUGAGCUAAAGAAAGAGAGGGUAUUGAGGAAAGAAGAAGCAGCCAGAAUGUCAGUUCUUAAAGAACAAAUGAGAGUUUCCCAUGAGGAAAAUCAGCAUCUGCAAUUGACAAUCCAGGCACUUCAAGAUGAGCUUAGAACCCAGAGAGACCUUAACCAUCUUCUCCAGCAAGAAAGUGGGAACCGAGGGGCUGAGCAUUUUACCAUUGAGCUCACAGAGGAGAAUUUUCGAAGACUUCAGGCAGAACAUGAUAGACAAGCUAAGGAGCUCUUCCUGUUGAGAAAAACUCUAGAAGAAAUGGAGCUUAGGAUUGAAACACAAAAGCAAACACUAAAUGCCAGAGAUGAAUCAAUAAAAAAGCUUCUAGAGAUGUUGCARAGUAAAGGUUUGCCUUCAAAAGGAAUGGAAGACGACAAUGAGAGAACUCGAAGGAUGGCAGAGGCUGAAUCUCAGGUUAAUCAUUURGAAGUGAUUUUAGAUCAGAAGGAGAAGGAAAACAUGCAUCUUAGAGAGGAAUUGCACAGAAGAACCCAACUUCAGCCUGAGCCAGCAAAGACGAAGGCUCUGCAGACAGUUAUYGAGAUGAAGGAUACAAAAAUAGCUUCACUUGAGCGCAAUAUAAGAGAUCUUGAAGAUGAAAUACAGAUGUUAAAGACAAAUGGAGUUCUGAAUACAGAGGACCGAGAAGAAGAAAUCAAACAAAUAGAAGUUUACAAGAGUCACUCAAAGUUCAUGAAAAAUAAGAUUGAUCAGCUGAAACAAGAACUCUCAAAGAAAGAAUCAGAACUUCUUGCCUUACAAACUAAGCUUGAAACCCUUAGCAAUCAGAAUUCAGAUUGCAAGCAACACAUUGAAGUGCUUAAAGAGUCCCUUACUGCCAAAGAACAGAGAGCUGCCAUACUUCAGACAGAGGUUGAUGCCUUGCGGUUACGACUGGAAGAAAAAGAAACCUUUCUGAAUAAGAAAACAAAACAACUUCAAGACCUCACAGAAGAGAAAGGAACCCUUGCUGGAGAAAUUCGAGAUAUGAAAGACAUGCUGGAAGUAAAAGAAAGAAAAAUUAAUGUCCUUCAGAAAAAGAUUGAAAAUCUACAGGAGCAACUUAGAGACAAAGACAAACAACUAACUAAUCUAAAAGACAGAGUGAAGUCACUGCAGACGGAUUCCAGUAACACAGACACAGCACUAGCAACCCUAGAGGAAGCUCUAUCAGAAAAGGAAAGAAUAAUAGAGCGUCUGAAGGAGCAAAGGGAUCGGGAUGACAGAGAAAGACUUGAAGAAAUUGAAUCUUAUAAAAAAGAAAACAAGGACCUGAAAGAAAAAGUUAAUGCAUUACAAGCUGAACUGACAGAAAAAGAGUCUAGUUUAAUCGAUCUCAAAGAACAUGCAUCUUCAUUGGCAUCAGCAGGGCUGAAAAGAGACUCCAAACUUAAGUCUUUAGAAAUAGCCAUAGAACAAAAGAAAGAAGAGUGUAGUAAGUUGGAAGCACAGUUGAAAAAGGCCCAUGAAGCUGAAGAGGAGGCACGGAUGAAUCCAGAGUUUGCAGACAGAAUGAAACAGCUUGACAAAGAGGCAUCGUACUAUAGAGAAGAAUGUGGCAAAGCUCAGGCUGAGGUUGACAGACUUCUAGAAAUACUCAAGGAAGUAGAGAAUGAGAAGAAUGACAAAGAUAAGAAAAUUGCUGAGUUAGAAAGACACAUGAAGGACCAAAACAAGAAGGUUGCCAAUCUGAAGCACAAUCAGCAAAUGGAGAAAAAGAAGAAUGCCCAGCUGUUGGAAGAAGUUCGCAGGCGAGAGGACAAUAUGACUGACAACUCUCAACAUUUACAAGUAGAAGAGCUGAUGAAUGCCCUGGAAAAGACUAGACAAGAAUUGGAUUCCACCAAAGCUCGUCUUGCCUCGACACAGCAGUCUUUGGCUGAAAAAGAAGCACAUCUGGCAAACCUGAGAAUAGAGCGAAGGAAACAGCUUGAAGAAAUUCUAGAAAUGAAACAGGAAGCUUUGCUUGCUGCAAUUAGUGAAAAAGAUGCAAAUAUUGCCUUGCUUGAGCUGUCUGCUUCAAAGAAAAAGAAGACUCAAGAUGAAGUAAUGGCUCUUAAACGAGAGAAGGACAGAUUAGUACAUCAGCUAAAACAGCAGACACAGAACAGAAUGAAGCUGAUGGCAGAUAACUAUGAUGAUGACCAUCACCACUACCACCACCAUCACCACCACCACCACCAUCGAUCUCCUGGGAGGACACAGCACAACCACAGACCCUCUCCAGAUCAGGAUGAUGAGGAGGGUAUAUGGGCAUAGCCGUUCCUAUAAACCAAAGUUCCAGUUUUGUUUUGAGGGAUGAUCCAGUCACUGUUGGAGGCACAUAGCCACGGCAAAAUCUCAUGCUGUACAUUGAUCACCUGUCCAACCUUUGCCUAGAGUGUGAUCCCCAGUUCCUUCAAGAGAUCCAUCUUUACCWGUCUAUAAAGAAGAAGAGGAGGAGGGAGACAUCUGGGAUAUUCAAGUAUCAAAGUUUAACACCAGAGCAGUUGUCAGAGGAACUAGUGAAAAAGGAAGAACAAACUGUAGCACUGGAAGGUAACAAUGAUAAUCUAUUGCAYUGGAUCUCCAAACAUGACCAUGAUAUCCUGGAGAAGAUCACAGAUGCAGAAAAUGAAUGCUGAGGUUGAUAUCUAAUGAAAUGCUGCAUUAAUUGGCAUUUUCUCCAUUAUUUCUUGUAGUCUAUUGUGAAAUUAGAUACUUUGGAAAAUAAUGAAGGAGACUCAAGCAGAAAUUCUAAGAGCGUGAUUUCUGUCUUUAAUGGGUCUUGUGAGUUAUUCUGUUUUUUACAAAGAAACCAUCUGUUCAGAACAUGAUUGUUUGAUGAAGUUCAGUUAAACCAGGUUAUUUAGCUAAUUUUUGGUAAAUUAAUAUUGAUUUUAAUAAGUAAUUCAGAUUCCCUUAGAUGUGGUAUCUGCAUUUGCUGAUUUUACCUAGUCUCUUCUAAAGUAUCACUUCUAUUGCACUAGAUUAUCAAAGAGGUAUUAGUAAAAUGCUAUAUAAGGGUGUUGGCAUUAACUUUACCCCCAGUUAGAUAUGGGCUUUUCCAAAAUAUAAAAAACAAGCCUUUACCCUCCUCUGUUUUCUUUUAUCUACUGAUAGAAUGAUCUAAAUUAAAAAACAAACCAAAACCAAAUAUUGAUACUAUAACCGGUAUUAAGCUCUGGGCCAGGUUGGAAAUGAAAUCAAUUUUUGGUACUAAUAACUGAUGACAAAGAUUAGUUUUAUGAAAAUAAUGGUGUGUGUCUCUGACAAUGCAUAGGACAUCUAAUUUGAACAUAAAUAUAUGAUUAUAUACAAGAUGUAUCUAUUCCUGGAUGGUAAAAGCUUGAGGCUUUUAUAUGUAUGUAUAUAUAUGGACAUGUACACAAGGAUGAAUCAACCUUUUACCAUCCAAAUGCAUACAUGUUUUCAACAAUAAAAGCUGGGACUCUUGAGAAAACAAACAAACAAAAACAAAAAUAAAGCUAAGAUUGCUGUGAAUACAGYAUAUGCACUAGGUCUCCUGUAAAUGUGGAACUGUUUGUUAUUGUUCUCUACAUUGAAAAACAGUCUCCAACACGGACCCCAACGAAUCUUAGAUGUUAAAGAAAAUACCAAUGAACAAAACAGCACUCGGAGGCUGUUUGUGUCAACAAAAUGUGUCUAGUAAAAUAAAUUUAAAGCACAUGCAAGGAAAAGUAAAAACGUGAAGUCGUUACAUUCAGUGAGAGACUCUUAACUGACAGUCAGAUCUCUACCACUUCUCAAGGAGAGGUUCCUUCUGACUCCACAAACGUUUUCAGUCAAUCUGGCAAACAUGUGCAAAUGUUUGGCUGUUUUGUUGAGGCAUCUUUUUGUCCAUGGAAGAAAUGCUUCCAUGCUGAUGGCAGUGGAAAUAGAAUAUCUGCAUUUUUAAAGGACAAACAAUAAAUUUAAGCAUGGGUGGCCUUAAUCCUUAGUAGUUUUUCUUUGCUGCUGUAAAAUAAAAAUAAAA